AUGCGUAACAGCCUGAGUCAAACGGCGCAGCUCUCGUACUUCCUUGAAGUCGAUGUAACUGAGGCACAGCGCAUGCGGCGCGAAGCUGCCAGAGAAAGCGGCGUGAGUAUCAACAUGGCGAGUGUGCUCAUCAAGGCGUGCGCCGAGUCGCUGAAGCGGGUUCCCGCGUUGAACUCCAUCCUUGUCGAUGGCAAUGUCAUGUACUUCGAUGAGGUGAACAUGGGUGUCGCGGUCGCGCUCGACGACGGACUGAUCGUGCCGGUGCUAAAGGACGUUCAGGAUAAGAGCAUAGCCGAGAUUGCAGAGGGCGUUCAGCAGCUUUCGGAAAAGGCGCGGACGGGCCAUCUGUCAUCGUCCGAGAUUAGCGGUGGCACCUUCACCAUCAGCGUGCUAGGAGUAGUGGAUGGCUUUACGCCCAUACUGAACCCGCCGCAGAACGCUCUGCUCGGUGUGGGACGGAGCGUGCAAAAGCCCGUCGUGCGCGGCGGCGAGAUUGUAGUGCGAGAGAUGAUGACCCUGAGCCUAACGGGCGACCACCAAGUUAUAGACGGAGCAAUCGCUGCGAGAUUCUUCAGGCGUCUUCAGCAGUUGGUUGAGCGGCCUGCGGCGCUAUUUGGAUGA